UUGUCCAACGGCGCCGGUCAAGGAUUCAAAUCGCUGCUUACUCGUUUUAAAAAAUUGCUAGCGGCCAGGGAAAAUGAUUUAGCUCGGAUGUUUUGCCACAUAUCGAAUGACUCCCUCUCGAGAAAUCGCCAUACAAGCCCGGGAACGUGAACGAAGUAAAACGAGGAAGCAAAAGGCCGAAAAAAUAUUUCGGUUACCAUGGAUCCCGGUCUCGCCAAGCUGCUGGCCAUGAUUGGGGGCUACCUGACAAAAGGCACCAUAUGGUGGAAGAUGCCUGUGGUCCUCGUCAUGGCCUAUACAUUCUUCGAGAAGGAAAGGUUGUUCCGGUCAAACCUGUUCGACUCCUACCCCAACCCCCUCCCCCACGGGAUUCAGAAAUGUAACGACCCGAUGCUUGGGUCUGGUCUUAUCGGGUGCUAUAAAGAGAGAGAGAUGUACGACAGCGGGUUUGAUGAAAAAUACAAAGGCCAGGUCACUCCAGCUAUGUGUGUCAGAGAAUGCAAAAAGGAAAGAUACCCAUAUGCAGCGUUGCAUGACGGCAAAAGGUGCUUAUGUGGUAUGGACUAUAAUGUUCAUGGGAAAUCUAAAGUGUGCGAAUGCCGCAAGAAGUGUAAAGGGGACAAGCAACAGAUUUGUGGCGGCAAAAAACACAUGGCACUGUACAGGACCUACUUCUGCACUGAGGCAAUGACUCGUGUACGCCAGGUGGACGGGUCGUGUAAUGAUCUCAACUUAACGCAGAUGGGGACACGCUUCUACAGACUCGGGAGAAACUUCGAUCACAAGCACACUGUGACAGGAGACAACAUAAGAUUGCUGGAGCCUAAUCCAAGGGUCAUCAGUAACAAGCUUCUGAGGCGCAAGAAGUUCGUUAAGGCUCCUUGGAUGAACCUGUUUGCACUGGCCUGGGUGCAGUUUGUUAUACAUGACUGGUUUGACCACGGCGACCCGAUAAAGGAAGACCCGAUUGAGGUCCCUUUACAUCACGACGAUCCAAUGUACAAGAAGAUGAAAGGAAAGAUGGAUGUAAGUCGGACACGACCGGACACAUGCCGUCCGGAUCCAAGCAGGCCAAAAAGUUUUCAAAAUCUCGUCACGCAUUGGUGGGACGCUUCACAGGUGUACGGUAGCGACAAGCAUACCAACGAGCGGGUUCGGGCCAUGAAAGACGGCAAGCUGAAGGUGGAUGUUGACGGAUUUAUUCCGAUUGACAAGAAAACUAAUAUCGAAAUUACAGGUUUCAGCAACAACUGGUGGGUUGGACUAAGUCUAAUGCACAACAUCUUUACUCGCGAGCACAAUUUUAUCUGCGACGAGCUCAAGUCCCAGCACCCUGACUGGUCUGACCAGAGACUUCACGACACUGCACGGUUGAUUGUAAGCGCAUUAAUCGCCAAGAUCCACGUGGUUGAAUGGACGCCAACUAUCCUUAACAAUGAUUUCGUGCGAGAAUCCGUGAAGGUCGAGUGGUUUGGAACCCUCUCCAGAAACGCCAUCAUGUGGCUGACCCAGAACAACAUCACGUUCAACAAGGGCGCGAUUCAUGCGAAUAUCGGCCAGCCAAAGUCUCUGAGUGGAGUGCCUUUCUCAAUAACAGAGGAGUUUGUGGCGAUGUACCGCUUCCAUCCGUUACUUCCUGAUGACUUUAACAUUUACAGCAUGGAGACAGGCAAGCCCACAGGUAACACGUACAAGCUCCCGGAUGUUGCGUUCGGCAACGCUCAGAAAGUGUUUGAUCAGAACGAUCUUCAUGACAUCGUGUAUACAUUCGGAACUGAGAAUCCAGGUGCCCCAGUGUUGCAUAACUACCCCGUGACUACAACAGACCUGGUUAUACCCAGACAUCAGGGAGGAGGGGCGCUGGUUGACCUGGCAACAAUUGAUGUUAUCCGCGACCGUGAGCGCGGCAUACCUCGAUACAAUCAAUUCCGACGACUGCUCGGACUCCGACCUCUCACCGACUUCAAUCAGUUCGAUGUCACGCCCGAAGAUGUCAACGAAUUGAGAUCGAUUUAUAAUGAUGACAUAGAGAGUGUAGAUGUUAUGAUCGGCUGCUUGGCCGAGCACAAGCCGGAUGGUUUCGGAUUUGGCGAGACGCCGUUUCAACUAUUCUUGCUCAUGGCCAAUCGCCGAAUGGUCGUCGACAGGUUCUUCACAGAUGACUUCAAGCCUGAGUUCUAUACGCAGUCGGGCAUUGACUGGGUAAAUAAACAAACUAUGAAGGAUGUCUUGCUAAGAGCCUUCCCGGACGCAGACAAGUUGACGGAGAAAAUGGCGAGCGCACGAACGGCAUUUUUCGAUUGGAAUGCAACUUGAACUUGGACAUUGCUAGUUUUUUUUUUGUGACAACACUUAGAAUGUGGACAUCUCUUAAGCUAAAAGUAUAAAAAAAAUAUAUAUAUUUUGGUGACAUUAAAAUCUUUAAAUCGAG